UUAUUACAGUUGAAUCGGCGGGAAGCUUUAGUCGAAAAGCUACAAAUCUAGUGUAUCUGAACCUCCACUAUGAUAUCUCCGAGCAGUUAUGCACCUCGAUAUGACGUACGUUGUCGACGGAUUUAAGGAAUGGACUUACAACUUCUAAAACCGUAGUAACUUCUAUAACUACUCUCACACUCGCCCUUUUGACGAAUGUUAUAACUUCAUUCACCAGUUUCGUGCGUUUGGGAUAAAUACCUCUAACCAGCACAAAUUUCUGCUACCAUUUACUUAAACAACUUAUUUUACGUCUAAAGCCGAUCACUUUUGAUCUAUUUACCGCAAGGAUGUCUCAAAAUCUUAAGAUAGUGUUUGGCUCCAUGACAUUUGGCAAAGAGAAUACGUUAGGUUCCCGAGUAUAUACUGCUGAGGAAGCAGGAAAGAUCGUGGACAUCUUCCAGCAACAUGGCCACGACGAAAUUGACAGUGCUCGGAUAUAUGGGAACGGCACAACGGAGGAAAUACUCGCAGAUAUCGAUUGGCAGAAGCGAGGCAUUGUUAUGGACACAAAGUUAUACCCAAACGCUGGCAUGGAGAUGGGUAAGGAUGAUCCAUACACCCAUAAGCCAGAGGAUGUGCGCAGAGGCCUCAUGGCGAGUCUCAAGGCGCUGAAGGCCGACAAAAUCGACAUGUUUUAUCUCCAUGGGCCUGAUCGCAAGAAUCCCUUCAAGGACACUCUCCGCGAGGUCAACAAUCUUUAUAAGGAGGGUUACUUCAAGCGUUUUGGAAUUAGCAAUUACAUGUCUUGGGAGGUUGCAAAAAUCGUGGAGAUUUGUGAGGAAAAUGGAUGGAUCAAGCCUACCGUAUACCAGGGCGUCUAUCAUGCACUGCAGCGCACUGUUGAGGCGGAACUGUUCCCUUGCCUCCGCCACUACGGCAUCUCUCUCUAUGCCUUCCAGCCUCUCGCAGGUGGGUUCUUGACUGGGCGCUACACGCGGGAUCAAGAGACCUUCGAAAAAGGCAGCCGAUUCGACCCUAAGAUAUUUCAAGGUACCAUUCAUCGUGGACGCUAUUGGAACGACUCUUACUUCGACGCACUGGAUAUCAUUAAUGGUGUCGCGGAGAAGCAUGGGCUUACCGUUGCGGAGAUCGCGCUGAGGUGGUUACAUCACCAUUCGCAGCUGAAGGCAGAGUUGGGGGAUGCUGUUAUCAUUGGGGCGAGUAGCACAAAGCACCUCGAGGGCAACCUGACGGAUUUGGAGAAGGGUCCGUUGCCGGAUGACGCUGUUGAGGCGCUGGAGAAGGCGUGGUUGACGACCAAAGCGGUGGCACCCAAGUAUUGGCAUUAGGCUCCUUCUGAGCAGUUGUAUUUAGCGAAUGAGAAAAGAUUCCAGACAAGAGAGCGGAAGUAACUUAGGAU